AUCUUUUGUUGUUGAAACCUUUUCUCUGACUUUUUGCCUGAUUUGAUUGCUUCCCCCAACAUCACUAACAAACCAUAUGCUGUGUCCACAAUCAGAAUGUAUAAAUUCAGCUGCACUGGCCUGCUUUAUCAGACAGCGCUAGCGAUCAUAUAGUUAAAGCAAUACUCCCAAAAGUUUUGUUUUUGACUGCAUGAUGAGAUUAGUGCCUGUUAUAGCAAUGGAGGGAAGCAGGUUCCUUCGUUUCUUGGUGGUCUUUCUGUAUUUCUCUCAUCUUUUCUUCUUGAAUGUUGCUGUCCCAGUAUCAAGAACAAGGAGUCUAAUGCAUGAAUCUCAAGCUUACAGAUCUCCAGAGAAAACCCAACUGGGAAGUGCAGAAGAGAGCUUGGAGCUCGUGGGAGAAGAAAUGAAUGCGAGAAGGGUGGAGGUAGAGUUGAACGAUUAUCCGGGCUCUGGGGCGAACAACCGGCACACUCCGAGAAGAGGCUGUGCUGAUUGUUGAUGAUUUUAAUUAUUUUAGGCAGUAAUUUAGAUCGGAUCGGAGAAUCUAUUGGCUCUGCGGUUUCGUGUUUGAUGAGACGAGCUAUAUAUUUAUAUAUAUAUAUAUAUAUACAUGAUCAUCAGCAACAGGCUGUGCUGAUUGUUGAUGAUUCUAAUUAUUUUAGGCUGUAAUUUAAAUCGGAUCGGAGAAUCUAUUGGCUCUGCGGUUUCGUGUU